AUGAGGUUGGUGCGGCAAGUGGGAAAGACAUACUUUGCCAGAGCUGAGAUUUACGAGGCUUUCACCCUCACUGAUCGUCAUCGUGAUGAAUUCUUUCGCGAUGGGGCGGCCCUUUUGAAAGGCGUUCUGAAGCCUGAAGUGGUAAAGAAACUGCAUGAGCAGUUGUUGCCCAUUCCAGAGUGGGACAGUGAAAAGCGUUUAAACCUUUGGAUGCAGCACGAUGAGAUUUUGGACUUCUACCUUUUUGGACCCUUGGGGGACAUUGCUAGGCAGGUUUUUCAGAGCCCACAGGCAGUGACAUCGCUCCUACCCCCGACUGCUCAACUUCAACGAGAUUUUAUCAGUACAAGAAGUCACAAUUCCACAAACGGAUGGCAUAUCGACCGGACGGAGUGUCAGAUAGGGGACCAACCCUCCAAAUUCCUCUCGACGGCCUUAGCACGGUUGUCUGUGCCUUUAAUUGCUGAGGGUCGUGUUCGUAGCACACAGGUCAUCAAUCAGAGCAAGUAUGCGGCUGCAAUGUCGGAAGCAAGGGAAGAAUAUUUUGCGGGCAAAUCAAUGUACCGCAGGGAAGGCCGCUUUGAGCGGUUGUUCUUGUGGGACCCGAACAUCAAUGUGCCGGUGCUGCCGGGGCUGAAUUUGAAUGAAGAUAUGAUCAUGGAAACUUGGAUGGAGCCCGGAGAUGUUGUCCUAUUUAAUACUUGCCUCUGGCAUCGCUCCCCGCCGUGGGUGGGACCAGGGCUAGAGUUGGGUUUGCAUCCCACCUUUGCCCCAUCCAAUCACAUCUCCCAUGACCCACCAAUGUGGUCAGAUACAAAAGCGUCCUGGUGUUUGACCGACGAACUUGCAGGCAAAACAAUUGGGGAAGGCAACUCCUCAUGCUUUCCUUACGCUUAUCCGGAAGACAAGCGUCCAAAGGUUGGCUCCACAUUGACAUUGAAGCGAAGGCCAAUAGGAUUGCCCCGGCAUCUUGCGUUCAGUUGGGUGUCGGUCCAAGCAAGAGAUAUGCUGCGAAAGCUUUACUUUCUUUACAGAGGCUGAACAUAUUCAUGCGGCAUGGCUUUUUGCGCGAGAACGUGGAUGUAUCUUCCAUCCUUCUGCCAAAUCUGGCCAUUUCAAGCUUCACAGGAAGAUCACCAUAGUGGACCUUGUGCCGGAUAUUCCAAGAAUCUGCGACCAUUUGAAAUUUCCUUCGCAGACCAUGCAGACCGAGACUCUGGAAAAA